UACCUCCUCACAACAGUUGUCGCUUCCAUAUAGCGGCUUCUGCUUACUUUCGGAAUCUAAUCUCCCGUGUCAUUCAACAAGAUACGCGGCUAUCCACUCGGACGGACCGCUGCUGGCUGCUGCUCUUGCACUUGCCAUAUUUGAGUAGGACUAGUCGCUGUGGCCCUGGACGUGAAAUCGCAAUCGGCCAACAGCUCGCCAGUUAUUGACCUUGGAUAGUCUCGCGGUUGUCGGUCCGUCCAUCAAGAUCGCUUUCGUGAACGUCGUUGUCGAGUUUCGAGUGUAACUGUAUUUGGAUAUUGGCGAAAACGUGCAUCUUUUUCCUCGUCGAGUGAGAAGAGCCUCCUGGCCAAAGUACUGUUGACUCCGGCUGUAGUGUGGCUCUUGAUAUUGUUUCGAUACGCUUGUUGCUAGUUUGGGCCAUUCUUCAAGGUCCAAAGUAAAAAGUGCAAACGUAGGCUCAGUAAUGUGUUCAUCGAUAGUCGAAAGUGCCUUUCCAAAUAGAUGUUCAGGUUAUUUGGAUAAACAAAUCCGUGAAUGACGCGUGUGAAUGAAUUAGUUUGGUUGGGAAGUAGUGGAGCAAGGGCUACCUUAUUUUGUUUUUGUUGAAUCGUUUUGUUACUCGUUGCAUUAUACGGCAUAAACGAGUGCACGCGGUGGAUCGACGACCAACCGAAGACGAACGAGUCGUAAUCAAUUUACGAUGUCAACAUUUUUCACCACCAACCGUCACGGUUACAGCGUCCGGUUCUCCCCCUUCAACCCGGACCAGUUCGUGGUGGCAUCUAGUCAGUUCUACGGCCUGGCCGGCGGCGGAACCUUGUACUUCCUGGAGCUCUCGCCGGACGGCAAUUCGAUUGUCGAGAAGCGCACCCACCACUGGACGGACGGACUUUUCGACGUGACCUGGUCCGAGUCGAACCAGGAGAUCGUUGUGUCCGGCUCUGGCGACGGGAGUGUCCAGCUGUGGAACACCAGCUUGAGUGCCAACAAUGGGCCACCGCAAAUGGUUUACCGGGAGCACAAGAAGGAAAUCUACAGCGUCGAUUGGAGCAAGGUGCCAUACGAACAGCUCUUCAUCAGUGCCAGUUGGGACAGCACGGUAAAAAUCUGGGACCCGAUCAGGAACCACUCGCUCAGUACCUAUAUUGGGCACACUCAGCUAGUCUACAAUGCGGUGUUUGCGUCGCAUAUUCCGAACACUUUCGCAAGCGUCAGUGGUGAUGGAAUGCUGAAGAUUUGGGACAUCCUAUGCUACGAUCUGCCGAUCGCGAGCAUCAAAGCUCAUGAGGGAGAGGUUUUGACCGUAGAUUGGUGCAAACAUGAUUCCAAUGUCCUGGCGACUGGUGCCUCGGAUGGUCUCAUCCGAAUAUGGGAUCUACGUAACUUUGGUAUCCCGAUAGCCGAGCUGAAGGGCAAUGAGUUUGCCGUGAGGAAAGUACAAUUUUCACCGCAUAAUUUGUCGGUGUUAGCCAGCGUGGGCUAUGAUUUCACAACCAGGAUCUGGGACUUCAAGAAAACCAAUGAGGCUAUUGAGACGAUCAAGCAUCACUCGGAAUUCACCUACGGACUGGACUGGAAUCGGCGGCGACCGAACCAGCUGGCCGACUGCGGCUGGGACUCUUUGGUGCAUGUUUUCAAACCGGACUGUUUGGCAGAUAAGAUCUAGGUAGUAAGAGGGUAAUUCCCCAGGAGUGCAACCCAGCAACGGUUUUAAUCGAAAUUCAAAAAAUGAAACAAGAUUCGACAAAGCGACAAAACAGUAAACCAAAUUGUGAUUUAGGCAGUAAGUAGACUAAAAAACGCGACAACUCUAAAUUGAACAUAUUUUAGACAGAAAUAAGGAGAAAAUACUUUCCAGGCUGAAGGUACAUAAUUGUACAUAUUAUAAAUGAAACGUAAAGAACAAAAACAGCAAACUAUCGGUUAUCGCAAAAUGCAGAAUUAUAGAUGUUUCGGUCAUUUGGUGUAAUAUUAAACAGGAUAGGAUUGAAAACCGUAAAAUGUGGGUAAAUGGGUAUGAUGGAGUGGGAAAUAUGCCAAAAAUAGUCUUAUAGGAGAUAUUCGAGUCACUUUAAGUUAAGGGCGAUGGUUUAUAUUAAACUGUAAGGUUAUUUUAAUUUUAUUUAUUUGUACGUAUGAUACACGGUGCCAAUUAGUUAUGUACAGGUUGGAGAAGUCAAAAUUAGAGAAAAUGUUUUUGGAUAAUACAAAACCAAUUGUUUCAGAUUAAAAUUAAAUAACUUCUGUUGUAAUAUAAAAUGGUCAAAAUAUAGUUUAAAUAAAACCUAAUAUUUUACACAUUUUGGCAAUUG